AUGAAUAUUACAACAACUUCAUCGACAUCAACGAAUUUGAGCUAUGAACUCAGUAUAAUCUACACGUAUAUUUCACCAGCUAUACUUAUAUUUACAAUGAUUGCUAAUAUUAUUAAUAUUGUUGUUUUUUCUCGUGGAAAUCUUCAAUCAUAUUCAUGUAGUCAUUAUUUUCUUGCUUUGGCAUUUGCUUCUCUCAUCUAUAUGAUUGUUUCGCCAAUGAUAUUAUUUCUUCAAUAUCGUUUCGGAAUCUCACCUAUUACUACAUCAUUUGGAUGUCGAAGUAUGUUGUUUAUCAUUUAUUCAUCAUCAUUACUUGCUACCCUAAUGUUGGUAUGUGCCUCAAUUGACCGAUUUUUUGCUAGUUCUUCUUCAGUGCAUUUACGCAAUCUAAGUAAUAUACGAAUAGCACAAAUAUUGAUUAUUGUCAUCACUAUUUCGGUUCUUAUUUAUAUAAGUCCUUUUUGUAUUAUCUAUUAUUGGAAUUUCACGACUAAUCGAUGCACACAAUUAUCAUCAACGAUUAUCACUAUGUAUUUUACUAGUCGAAUUAUUGUUUAUUAUAUCUUAGCACCAUUAGUCAUGGGCAUAUUUGGUCUAUUAACAAUUUCUAACAUUCGAAGUCAAGUACGUCGUGUAUCAACAAUACAUUCUCGUCGUCACCGUCGAACGGAAAGUCAAUUAGCUCGAAUGUUAAUUGUUCAAGUUACUGCAUACGUUUUCUUCUCAAUUCCUGCUGCAGUAACAUAUAUCUUAACGACAUUGAUACCCUCGAUGAAUACAAGUUUAAUUACUAAUAUCCGUAGUAUGACUCUCCUUUGGCAACAAGGUAAUUAUAUUUUCUCUACAUUCCUUUAUAUUCUUUCGGGAAGCAUCUACCGAGAAGAAUUGAAGAAAAUAUUUAUAUUAAAUUAUUACCAACGACGUAUUACUGACUAG